GGCGGGCACGGCUCGCGCGGGCCGGCACCGCCUCUGAAGAGGGCGCGGCCGGGAGUGGAGGGGUGGGACUGUGAGCAAGAUGGCGCCGGCGGUGCGGGGGCUGAAGAGUUUGGUGUGGCAGAAGCUGAAAUCUGCAAUAUUUGAUGACUGCAGGAAGGAGGAUGAAUGGAAGGUAAUUCUUUUAGAUGAUUACACUACUAAAUUACUGUCACUGUGCUGCAAAAUGACUGAUCUACUGGCAGAGGGUAUCACAGUGGUGGAGAACGUGUAUAAAAAUCGGGAGCCUGUUCCACACAUGAAAGCAAUAUAUUUCAUAACUCCAACCAAAAAGUCUGUAGAUGGUCUGAUUGAUGACUUCAUCAGCAAAUCAUCCAGCAAAUACAAAGCAGCAUACGUCUAUUUCACUGAUUCUUGCCCCGACAACCUCUUCAAUAAAAUUAAGUCUUCCUGCGCCAGAUCAAUAAGGAGAUGCAAGGAAAUCAGUAUUUCCUUUUUCCCAUAUGAGUCUCAGGUAUUUACUCUGAAUGUCCCAGAUGCAUUCUACUGCUGUUACAGUCCAACUCUGGAAAAGACAAAGGAUAAAGAUGCUGUGAUGGAGACAAUGGCUGAACAAAUUGUUACCUUGUGUGCCACUCUAGAAGAGAAUCCAGGAGUACGAUGUAAAAGCUCACCGUCAGAUAAUGCCAGCAAACUUGCCCAGCUUGUUGAAAAAAAACUUGAGAACUACUACAAAACUGAUGAGCAAAGCCAAAUAAAGGCUAAAACCCACUCACAAUUAAUAAUAAUCGAUCGUGGCUUUGACCCAGUAUCAACUGUCCUUCACGAACUCACGUUCCAGGCAAUGGCGUAUGACCUACUACCAAUUGAGAAUGAUACUUACAAAUACAAAGCAGAUGGGAAGGAAAAGGAAGCGAUUCUGGAAGAAGAUGAUGAGCUCUGGGUGAAGAUUCGGCACAAGCAUAUUGCGGAUGUAAUUGAGGAAAUAUCUAAGUUGUUGAAAGAAAUUUCAUCCAAGAAGAAAGCAACAGAAGGAAAAUUAACGUUAUCCAGUCUGGCCCACUUAAUGAAAAAGAUGCCGCAGUACCGUAAAGAGAUUACUAGGCAAGUUGUUCAUCUCAAUAUAGCAGAAGACUGCAUGAGCAAGUUCAAAGCUAACAUAGAAAGGCUUUGUAAAACUGAACAGGACUUGGCUCUUGGAACUGACGCAGAAGGCCAAAAAGUGAAAGACUCAAUGAGAGUCCUCCUUCCAGUUCUGCUCAGCAAAAGUCAUGACAGCUAUGACAAAAUUAGAGCUAUUCUCCUGUAUAUCUUCAGCACAAAUGGAACUACCCAGGAGAACUUGGACAAACUGAUCCAGAAUGUACAAAUAGAAAGUGAUAGUGAUAUGAUAAGAAACUGGAGAUACCUUCAUGUUCCUAUUAUCUCUUCAUCAGCUGUUGAGCAACAAAAACAACCGAGAAGGGACCGUUCCUCAGAAGAAACGUUUCAACUCUCUAGGUGGACGCCUCUUAUCAAAGAUGUUAUGGAGGAUGCUAUAGAAAACAAACUGGAUUCAAAAGAAUGGCCUUACUGUUCCCAGUGUCCUCCUACCUGGAACGGUUCAGGAAUAGUGAGCGCUCGCCAGAAACCUAAAGCUAGUUACCAAGAUGAGCGGAAGAGCAGUGCGAGAUUGAUUGUAUUUGUGAUUGGAGGAAUUACACAUUCUGAGAUGCGCAGCGCUUAUGAAGUUUCUCAAGCUUACAAGUCCUGUGAAGUUAUCGUUGGUUCUACGCAUAUUUUGACACCUAGAAGACUACUGGAUGAAGUCAAGAGCCUUAGUAAACCGAAGGAUACGGUCUGCGUUAAGGAUGAGUAGGAAUGAUGAUGCUUAAGAUGCAUUUGGCAAUGACAAAUAGUGUCUAAUGUGUACAUAUUCUUACAUAGCUGACUUCUCCAGUGAGUGCACUGGGACACAAUAUGUUUCUGACUAAUGGAAUGUCACUUUAAAUUAUAAAGUUGCUGCUUUUUUGGGGGGAAAUAGAAGACAGAAGGGGGAAAAAAAAAUCAAUGUGUGCUUUUACAAAAGGUUAUGUUCAUCCCUAAUAAAUUAUAUAAAAGUUAUUGUGAUUAUAUAUAAACUCUGAUUGCUUUAGAAAACUGUGAAACCUUUUUCUAAUAGUUUCUAAAAAUGAUUGAAUUAAAAAGGGUCUAACCACUUAAAGGCUUCAGAAGAAAGUUUGUGAAAAGAAGUGAUAAAAUAUUCCACGUAUGUGCAAUGUCUCUAAAUUUUUCUCUGUAAAACAACUCAUUGGAAACAUGAAUUGUAUGUCAUUGUGGAAAUGCUUUUUUUCAGAUGGUAGCGGGUAAGGUAGAAAUAUAAUCAUGCACGUAUCAAGCAGUUCGAAUUUCAUUAAAAAGCUUUGGAGAAAUGCUGUUAAUUGUGGACCGAAGUACACUUAAUUCCUGUACAUACUUAAAUAUAACCAAAGCUUUUCAAAAAUAAUUUCUUAGAAUCUUCCUGUUUAUGUCUACGUGGUCCAUCUGUUUAAGAAAUGAAAUUGCCUAUGACAGUUACUGUUUUACUAGCUCCCAAACAGUGUUUAAAAAAAAAAAAGCUGAAAUAGUGGGGGGAGAGGGGGAAGAGAUGAGAGAGAAGAAGGGAAGCAACAUGGUUAGUCUUUGGCAGGACUCAAUGUUUUAAUUAAGACAAGAGCAAACUAUGACCCAAACCUGAUCUAUUCAGAGAAGUUACUGUUCUCUUAUUCCUGUAUAUAAAUAUAUCAGUUUGUGUUGAAGUGGAUCAAAUAAAUUGUAUUAAUUCUGCAAUACUGCUAA